AGGUGCCAAGACGAAAUCAUCAACAUUUUUCCAAACAAUUAAAAGCAACAGCAGCAGCAAGAUGAGGCUGUACGCCGCAGCAACAGUUGCGCUCUUUUUGCUCUUUAGCCAAGCAGCUGGUGUGGAGCUGAUGGACGAGGAGGAGGGGAUUGCUGAGAGCCAGGGAACCGCCACAGCAGCCGAAGCUGGCGCCGAAUCCCCCCCACCGACAGAGACAACCACAGAGGCGGAGGGCGUGAGCGAGCCACCGAUCAAGUUGGUGCAUGUUCUGAAUCCCGGGGAGCGGGAGUAUCUGUCGCCCAAUCUGAUUGGCGUGCAGAAUAUUGCCAUGAGCUUCCUGCCGCUCUCAAUGAACUUCAUCAACAUUGUCGACGCCUUUCGGGAGAUCACCAGCGGCGUGCGCUACGAGAUCCUGCUGAAUGCCGUGGACACGAAGGCGGAGAACGCGGACACCAUCUGCCGCCUGGUUAUCCUCGAGAAGCCCUGGCUGCGCACCCAGUGGGGGGACAAGCACCGGGAGCUGGUCAACUCCAAUUGCACGGAUUCGGCGGAGAACUCCCUCUCCUCGGAGGAUCCGGCGGAGCGGGCCCGGCUGCUGAAUGAGAAAUAUCUCGUGCGAAGCAAACGCGGCCAGAAUGAUGUGCCCCUGGGUGGCAGCAAGCCCUUCGACGCGAAGCAGGCGGAGGCUCAGCUGCAGCGCACCCUGGACAAGCUGACGGCCGGCGAGGGACCGCACUACAAAAUCGUGAAAGUCUACACGGCCUCGCGUCAGGUUUUGUCGGGCACUGUGACGCGCAUCGAUGCGGACCUCAUUGACGGCAACACGGGUGGGCAGCACCGCUGCAUCGUCGAGAUCUGGGCGCAGCCGUGGCUGGAGCACGGACACGACAUCACCUUCAAGUGCCGCAACCAGAAGGUGGUGCAGGCCCGUCACAGCCGCUCCGUGGAGUGGGCCGAGAAGAAGACGCACAAGAAGCACAGCCACAGCCACCAUGCGCUGGACAAGGUGGACCAUCUGUUCCACAAGUUCCAGAUCCGCUUUGGGCGUCGCUACGACAACACUGCUGAGCGCCAGAUGAGGCUGCGCAUCUUCCGUCAGAAUUUGAAGACCAUCGAGGAGCUGAACGCCAACGAGAUGGGCAGCGCCAAGUACGGCAUCACGGAGUUCGCGGACAUGACCAGCACGGAGUACAAGGAGCGCACCGGUCUGUGGCAGCGCGACGAGCAGAAGCCCUCUGGCGGGGCCCCAGCCGUGGUGCCGGCCUACGAGGGGGAGUUCCCCAAGGAGUUCGACUGGAGGCUGAAGAACGCCGUCACCCAGGUGAAGAAUCAGGGCUCCUGCGGCUCCUGCUGGGCCUUCAGUGUGACUGGCAACAUCGAGGGCCUGUAUGCCGUGAAGACGGGCGAGCUGAAGGAGUUCUCCGAGCAGGAGCUCCUCGACUGUGACACCACAGACAGUGCCUGCAAUGGCGGACUCAUGGACAAUGCCUACAAGGCGAUUGAGGACAUUGGCGGCUUGGAGUACGAGGCCGAGUAUCCCUAUGAGGCCAAGAAGAAGCAGUGCCACUUCAACAGGACGCUCUCCCACGUCCAGGUCUCUGGAUUUGUGGAUCUGCCCAAGGGCAACGAAACGGCCAUGCAGGAAUGGCUCCUCACCCACGGACCCAUCUCGAUUGGCCUCAAUGCCAAUGCCAUGCAGUUCUAUCGCGGCGGCGUCUCCCAUCCCUGGAAGGCCUUGUGCUCCAAGAAGAACCUCGACCAUGGCGUGCUCAUUGUGGGCUAUGGCGUCUCCGACUAUCCCAACUUCCACAAGACCCUGCCCUAUUGGAUCGUGAAGAACUCGUGGGGUCCGCGUUGGGGCGAGCAGGGCUACUACCGCAUCUAUCGCGGCGACAACACCUGCGGCGUCAGCGAAAUGGCCACCUCCGCCGUGUUGGCCUAAGCCAAAGCUAAAGCCCCGACCGACGGCGAGCACGACCACCCCUCCCCCGUCAUGUGUGACUAUAUGUAUAUCUAGGUUAAUAUUCGAGCCAUUUCAAGCAGGACAGAUGUGUAUCUUGGAUUGGAGCUUCUACUUUGUGUACUUUCCGUUUCAAUCAAUGCUCAGCGACAGACCAGACCAGACCAGACCAGGCCACGCCGGACGCGACGAGGAAAUCGUCUAGAUAGUUUAGCUUACGAGCUUCAUCUCGCAUUUAAUAUGCAUGUAAACAGUAUAACCAUUUCGAGCAUCUGUAAUCUCACGAGAAAUUCAGCAUCCCCUGCCUCACAUAACGCAGCUUAUAAUUGAAAUAAAUUUAAACUACAAAUUGUA